CACCUGUCGUCCUCGUCGUCGUGAUCGUGAUCGUCGUCACUCUCCGCAACUGCCAGGUGGCCGCCGCCGCCGAACAGGAAAGAAAAGAAAAGCAUCACCACCGUGUCGUGUGUCGACCGCGUGAUAUUUCUUCCCGCCGGUGGACACAUCCAUCCAGUCGAUCGCUCAGCAGGAGGGGCGACACGUGCGUGGGAUGCGUGCGUUCCCGGAUGAGACGAACCCCCGAAAAGUCGCUCGUCUCCGGGUUAUUUCUUUGGAAGAGGAGGAUGGUGAUGAUGAUAGAGUUCGGCAGUUGGUGCAGUAGUGUAGUGGGAGGGACGGGAACCGUGGAUGAUCGAUCGUCGUCGCCGUCGACUCCGGUGUGCAGUGGACUGUAUCUCACUCACACAGCUGUCACUCCCUACCCUCUCCAUGUUGCGGAGUGCAGCGCGCAGCAGCAGCCCACGGGGAGUGUGGCCAACGUAUACAGUAACCCAUUUGUAUAUCAUUUGUAUGUCAUUUGUAUAUCAUUUGUAUGUUAUUUGUAUGUUAUUUGUAUGUUGUUUGUAUAUUAUUCGUAUGGCAUGGUAUGUAUGGUACGGUACGGGACUGCAGAGACGUUAGGUGUCAUACGUGUGGACCUCGUGCGUGAGUGCGUGCAUUCACGCCGAACCGUGUCUCGGCAGGCGGCUCUCUCCAAGUAUGCAUGUGUAGGUGGUGGUGGACAGAGGGAUGCCUAGGUAAUAACAAUGACCAGCCGCAUUCGACAUGGUGAUGCGAUCAGGUCCGGCGUGACACCGUGACUGUGGCGGUGACUGUUGACUGGACUGCAGUGUGUGUAGUAGUGUGUGUACACCUAUCGGCCGUAGAACACGACGAGGACAUGACCCUUCCUGUUGUUCCUCCUGUUG